CCAACGCAUGAGCAACAUCUCGCUGUCCUCCGGCACGGACUCCGUGGGCCACAUGGAUCGCGGCAGCAGCUCCAGUCUCGCUAGCAGCGACACCGUUGGCACCAACACCAUCACCAGCGGCAUUUCCAAGGAGUGCGCCAAUUACCCCGUCGGCAGUCAGUCGGCCCGUCCAUACGUCCAACUGCCGGGCAUACACAUUUCCAACCCUCCCCAGUACGGGCCAGGGAAUAUGCAGGAAAUAGACGCUGGCAAAAUGGCGCACAACGGCAAGGCACUCACAGGGCGCUACAAUGCCACGCCCACCUAUGGCUUCGACAACGAGCAGAACUACUGCCUGAAUUCCCAACAGUUGCCGUCUCCAUUGCCCCCUCCACCAUACGCCUUGGCACGCGUGAGCAGCACACGCAACUUCGAGCUCGAGAACCACACACCGCCGGCAUGUCCCGGCUCUGGACCCAUUCCAUGACGAACGGCACCAUCCAGUUGCGCCUCCGCGAUGGCGUGCGCAUUGACAUGACUCUGGAUAAGGCGGUGCGCGUGCUCAAUCAGCGCAGCAUGGUGGCAGUUGCUCUAUCACGCAACUGCAGCAACUCGGCUUU